CGCCCGCCUCACUCGAGUCACGUGUCAGCCAAAGAUGGCUGCGCUCGGAGUAGGUGAGCAAAGGUUGGAGUGAGCCCCAUCGUGGUCACCGAGGCCGGGUGGAGGCACCGACUGCUGUGAGGAGAGCAUAAGUUACUGGUAUCCCAGAAAAAAAGGUACCUAUUAUUUUAAGGCUCAAGAUGAAAAAUCAUGAACCAGAUGAUACUGUCAAGGAAGACUUAAUUUUCAAUAUCAUAACCAGAAAAAUUAACCAACUCCCAGAAGCAGAAAGGAAUCUGUUUGAACAUGGAUCAACAUAUGUUGGACUUAAUGCUGGUCUCUGUGGUCUAAUAGCAAAUAGUCUUUUUCGACGCAUCCUAAAUGUGACACAGGCUCGUAUAGCUGCUGGCUUACCAAUGGCAGUGAUCCCAUUUUUGACUGCGCACGUAUCUUACAAAGGUUUUGUAAGUUUACCUUUGAAUACAGGUGAUUUGAAUUGUGAAACCUGUACCAUAACACGGGGUGGAUUGGUUGGUUUCGUUUUUGGUGGUCUGUACCCUGUUAUCUUGGCCAUACCUGUGAAUGGUGGCCUAGCAGCCAGAUAUGAAUCAGCCCCGCUACCAGAGAAAGGAAACAUCUUAACUUACUGGACUAGAAUUUCUAAGCCUGUCUUUAGAAAGAUGUUAUUUCCUAUUUUGCUCCAGACUAUGUUUGCAGCAUACCUUGGAUCUAGACAAUAUAAGCUAAUUAUAAAGGCCCUUCAGUUACCUGAACCUGGCCUAGAAAUUCAGUGACUGUUAAACAAAUGUGUACACAAAAAUAAAAUUGUAAUGUAUGAAUAAGUGUCUAGUGUAUGAAUAAACGCAGACUUUUAAUCAUA